AACUCGAUCUCAAAACGCUUGAAGUACAGCAACAGACAGCAAGGAUGUUGGUGCUGGUAGGCGCAGCGGCUGCCGUAUUCGCCUGCCUGGUGCUGAUCGUGCUGCUGGAUCGCAUCUAUCUGGACACCAGCGGCAGGUACGUCCUGAUCACCGGCUGCGACACGGGCUUCGGCAACCUGCUGGCCCGCAACCUGGAUAAGCGCAGGGGCUGCUGCGUGAUAGCGGCCUGCCUCACCGAAGAAGGCAGAGACACGCUGAAGCGUGUGGCGUCGCCCAGGCUGACUACGUUGCGACUGGAUGUCACAAGCAGUGAGAGUAUUCGGGAUGCGCGUGAUGCGGUAGAAGCCUUGAUCCCAGAGGGAAAAGGAUUGUGGGGCCUAGUCAAUAAUGCUGGAAUUAUCUCUCCGCUGGGACCAUACCACUGGCUCAAUAGGGAAGACAUCUCGAAAGUUCUGCAAGUCAAUCUUAUUGGCGCCAUUGAGGUGACAAACAUGCUUUACCCGUUAAUCCGCGUUGCCGGAGGACGAAUUGUCAACGUGUCCAGCGCCGUCGCGCUGUUCCCGUCAUCGGGCACGAUAUACACAGCCUCAAAGGCUGGGAUAGAAGCUUUCUCCGACAACAUCAGAUGCGACAUGAAGCAGUCAGACGUGUCGGUUCACAUCAUCGAGCCCGGGGCGUUCCAGGGUACAUUCUCCGACACGGAUGCCAUGAAACGAAGAAUGGACACCGCUUGGGGGCGUCUGCCGCAGGCAGAGAAAGACCACUUUGGCGGAGACAUUGCACGAGAAGCAAUGCAACUUCUCAUUGUUGACGCCCUUCGUAUGGCAUCCCCUAAGUUGCAUGAAGUGACAGAUGCAAUGGAGCACGCCCUCUGUGCCCGGUUUCCUUGGAGACGCUAUCUACCAGGACUGGACGCCAAAUUCUUCUACAAACCGAUGUCUCUUCUUCCUGCCUUUUUGGCGGAUCGUAUUUAUAGUGUUUUGUUUAGACAGGCUUUGGAAAGUAAAAAGGAGGUUGUGAGAAAGGCCAAAGCGAUUAGCAAAAGCGAUUAACGUAAAAUCUAAUCAAAAUUCUUUUAUGUCGUAUGAUGUACCGCCUAUAUUUUAACAAUGACACUGUUGAUUACUAAAACGCAAAACCUUUCUAUCUAUUGUAGGGCGAAGGUCACACUGAACUACCAUUUGACCACUCUUGCGAUUAAGGGUUCCAGGUCUUUCCCUGACUCAGAGACACGUUGUAUAUCAAUUAAGUAGGCCCAUCACUAAUCCCAAUCUUUACAAGAAUUACAAAGGAUGACUGAUGGAACCAAACAUUAUGCAUCAGUAAUCUAUUAUGAAAUCUAUAUACUGUAAGUCUGUUUAUGCAAACCAUCCUCAAUAAUUAUUUGAGAAAGAUUCUAUUGAAAACUUUUAAAAAGAUUUUGCAACGACGUUACUCAUUGUGCACAGUAUUAGUACGAAGUAUUUAGUUUCACGAUAAUGUAAUUGUAUGUGGUAAUAUUAUUUACAGAUCGUGGGGUUUGGACACGUGGCACCAACGUCUCGUGUGCAAAGGCAAACUAAUUUCCGGUGCUGUGAGAUGGCAGCAUUUAGGCAUUUGAUGUUAAAUUACAGCAUCAUUAACAUUAAUAAUACCAAAACGGAGGUAUUAAAAUACGUCCAAAAGUAAGACAAUAAAAUUGCAAUAAAAAUUAAAGUAGAAGCGUUAUAUAAAACAUCGCUUCUGGGCGAAAUUAAUGAUAAGUAUACAAAUAGGGGAAGUCAAAAACACUCAUAAAAACGAAACCAUGUAGGGCCUACAACACUUAAGACAGCACACCUGUCUUAACGCUUUACAUAUACUUGUCCUCGAAUUAUUAGGCUACUAUAAUGUUCUCAAAUUUGAACACCUAGCAUUGUACAUAAUAACAAAUAUAGCCCAACAUCGUAGUAAUUUGGGACAGUUUCUAUGUGAUAAAUUUCAACAACCCUGAGACAGCUGUCGGGACUGCUGCAAUGUAUGGAGGAGGAACGCAUCCACGUUGAGAUCAUCCAGCCUGAUUUAAUUGGGAAAAAUCGAAAUGGUCCUGGGAAAGGAUCAAUUUUGCAAGUAGUGCACGUGGAUUCAGAUUUCCGACCCCCUUUAAUCAAUAAACUGAACUUGACUGAAUAAUUCAGUCAGAACAUGAUGCCAGCCCGAAAAGAAUAAAU